GUUCUCCUCACUCACUCCAGCUGUGCCACCCUCUCUCCAGUCAUCUACUCCUCAUUGGAUCAUCACUGGUGAAAUUAAGCUGUUAAAAGACUGCUGUCCUGUUUGACAAGGGCACACUGCCUGGCACUUGUACAGAGAGACGACAUGGGGACUGAAGGCAAGGUUAUUAAGUGUAAGGCGGCGGUGGCUUGGGAGCCACGGAAGCCUCUUUCACUCGAAGAGGUGGAGGUGGCCCCUCCCAAAGCCCAUGAGGUCCGCAUUAAGAUUGUGGCCACUGGGGUGUGUCACAGUGACUUAGCAGUCCUGAGAGAAACACCACUCCCACAAGGUGGAAUGCACACCUUCCCGAUCCUCCUGGGACAUGAGGCAGCUGGCAUAGUGGAAAGCAUCGGCCCCGGGGUCACCAAAUUCUCUAAAGGAGACGCGGUCAUCCCUCUUUUUGUGGCUCAGUGUGGGGAGUGUGAAUACUGCCUGUCUCCAAAAACAAACAUGUGCAAGACACACUGGGAGGAAUUCCUGAAGGGGGUACUUUUGGACGGGACCAGCCGGAUCACCUGUCAAGGGAAGCAGAUUACGCAGCUUUUUGCCUUGGGCACUUUCUCUGAGUACACUGUUGUCCCAGAAAUCUCACUGACCAAAAUCCGGAAGGACGCCCCCCUGGACAAAGUCUGCCUGUUGGGGUGUGGGAUCUCCACAGGAUACGGGGCCGCCAUCAACUCUGCCAAGGUGGAGCCUGGGUCCACGUGCGCGGUGUUCGGUUUGGGGGCCAUUGGUUUGGCGGCAGUGAUGGGGUGUAAAGCAGCCGGGGCAUCCAGAAUCUUUGCUGUAGACAUCAACAAGGACAAGUUCCCCAAGGCCGAACUGUUGGGGGCAACUGACUUUGUCAACCCCAAGGACUACGACAAGCCCAUCAACCAGGUGCUGGCAGAGAUGACCAAUGGAGGGGUGGACUUCGCCUUGGAGUGUGUCGGCAGCGUGGAAGUGAUGAGAGCUGCUCUGGAGUCGUGUUGUAAUGCCUGGGGGACCUGUGUGAUCGUGGGGUACGUUCCGGAGAAAGACAUGACCUUGGCACCCUUAACCCUCCUGCUGGGCCGUACGCUGAGGGGAACUUUCUUUGGGGGAUGGAAGAGUGUGGAGAGUGUGCCCAAGCUGGUCGAUGACUACAUGAACAAGAAGCUCAAGGUGGACGAGUUUGUGACCCACAACCUUCCCCUGGAAGAGAUUAAUGAGGGUUUUGACCUCAUGAUAAGUGGGAAAAGCAUUCGAACGGUCAUCAAAAUGGCCUAAAAGAGGCAGGCUGGAGGUUGAGCACAGAGACAUGGCUCCCACUACCCUCCCCCAAGCCACACCCUGAUGGCUCUGACCUGUAUGAGAUGUAAUGUAAUGUAAUGAGAUGCAUAAAAUCAAAUGGCAGUUCUGAUGAUUAUGGCAACCUUUAAAUAGAUGAUUAUGGAAAAAUGUAUAUGGAUGAUAUUGGCCAGUACAAUAUGGAAGAUUGUGGCCAGUUUUAUGAGCAUACCUAUAUGACAAAAUGUGGAAAGUUCCAUUCAGGUUUUAAAGUAUCAUAAGCAGAUCAGGGUCCAAAAGUACUAAAAAUGUAUUAAGGGCAAGUUCUGGAAAUUAUUGAAACAUCUUUUCACAUGAAUCUUCCAAAAGCUUAAAAUAUAUCUUGUACAACUUGUGUCCUUGCAACAAAAUUAAACAAAUUCUCAUUUAUUGAUUUCUUGACAUUUAUCCUAUUUUUCUUUCAUUUUAUGACUAUGCGUUAACUUUUGUGGCAAUAUACAUCAUGGCAAUAAUACUUUACCCAUUGUUUCUCUGUUCUCAUCUCCCUGAGGCGAAUAAAAAGAAAAAUUUAAAUCUUG